UAACCCGAUAAUCUAAUAUCUCUCAUCAUCAGAACCAUCGUCGUCUUCUGAAUCUGAAGAUGUCAGAAACUGCGAUUUUGGUUGGAGCUUCAAGCUCAUGGGCUCGUGCGUUAGUCAAGAUUUCACCAUACACGUUUUCCGCCAUCGGUAUCGCUAUUUCCAUCGGCGUCUCUGUCCUCGGUGCUGCUUGGGGUAUUUACAUUACAGGAAGUAGCUUAAUAGGUGCUGCCAUUAAAGCCCCACGUAUUACCUCUAAAAAUCUCAUCAGUGUAAUUUUCUGUGAGGCGGUUGCUAUAUAUGGAGUAAUUGUGGCAAUUAUUCUUCAAACAAAGCUGGAGAGUGUGCCAUCAUCACAGACAUAUGCUCCAGAAUCCCUUAGAGCUGGAUAUGCAAUAUUUGCCUCUGGUAUAAUUGUUGGAUUUGCAAACCUUGUUUGUGGAUUAUGCGUUGGUAUUAUUGGAAGCAGUUGUGCGUUAUCAGAUGCACAAAACUCGUCGCUUUUUGUAAAAAUUCUGGUAAUAGAAAUCUUCGGAAGUGCACUUGGACUGUUUGGAGUAAUCGUUGGCAUAAUAAUGUCUGCUCAAGCAACAUGGCCUACUACUGUGUGACAUCGAUCGAUCUUGUAUGCAGAAUUAUUCAUUACUUUUCUUUAUAUAUAUAUAUAUAUAUUUCUCACUCGUUGGUUUGUAUUUUUCUUUGUUCAGUUAAAAAAGCCUUAUGAACCUAUAAAUUUUCAUAUAUUAAUGACAUUAUUUAUAAAGUCUAGGAAACGUAGUUACUUAA